AUGCCUCUUCCACUGCCUCCAACCCGGCCGGUACCACCGCCUGCAAGUGCGUCGUCUUCUGUGGAAAUCCGCCCCAUGGUAUGGGCGGAUGCAAAGCGUACAGGAGAGCUCGCGCAAGUCGCAUAUUGGAACGAGCCAAUUUCGGAUUUGACUACACCUCACCGAGCGUCAUACCCAGAGGAUCAUUUACUGUGGUUUGAAAGACGGAUCAAGAACCGCAUGGUGAGCCCCAGGAAUAGGGGGUUUGUUGCCGUAGGAGAUGGGGAGACGGUCGGGUAUAUGCAGUGCGUUCGGCUCGGGGACGAUGAGGGAGCGCUGCAGGUAGAGAAGGAAGAGAAGAAGUGGUGGUCGGGGUUGGUGGAGUGGGGAUAUGGCGUUUAUUUGAAGUGUGCGGCAUAUGUGUUUCCAAAUCGGAGUGAGAGCGCCGAAGGGAAAGCGGAAUUUAGUAAGGCUGGGGUGUUGGAGUAUGAGAAGCACUGGAAGGACAGGGAGGAUAGGAAUAAUCGGUGGUAUGUGCAGAGUGUUGUUGUGGCGGAGCAAUGGCGAGGAAGGGGCGUGGGGAAGAAACUGAUGGCGUGGGUGCUGGAGCAGGCGCAGAAAGAGGGCGUGCCAGUUUCACUGGAGGCGAGCAUGAUGGGGGAGCGUCUUUAUCGCAGUAUUGGGUUCGACCUGCUGGACAGGUUUGUUACGAAGAUUGGUGACAGCAAGGACGACGAGGGUGGUAUCAUGAUGUGGAGCCCAAAAUGA